CUGCCCUCAGGCCGGGCCCCGCCCCACUGCUCUGCGCAGGCGCGGGGCGCGCGGGCCGCCGGGAGCUGCGGGGUUUGAGUGAGGGCGAUGGCGGCAAUGUCCUGGAAGUUGGAGCAGGAGCUGGAGCAGGGCAGGGCCCCAGCGUGGCCCCAGGGCGGCCACGACAUGGGUGUCCUCAAGCUGCUCCGCCUGCGGGACCAGAUGAAGCAGCAGCUCAUGGAGUACAGCGCGGCCGUUCGUGGCGGUCAAACAACUUUCCUUGAUCAGGUUGUUGAGGAAAAACAUAUUCAAGGUAUCACAGAAGAUUUGCAAAUAAAUAAAGAGGAAAUAGAAGUCUCUUUCUGGAACAAGACAUUGGCCUUGCAAAGGAUCCAGCUUAUGGCUGCCCUGAGAAACAAAGUGAAUCAAGAUGGUAAAGACUCAUGUCUGAUCCUGGAAACAGUGAAUCGCAUAGCGUUGCUAAGCCGGACAAUAAUCAAAUAUCAGCAGCUAGCACAUGAGAAGAAACAGAAGUUGAUUGACAUUAAAAGGAAAAGAGUCUCACUUAAAAAAGACCAAAGAAGAAAACUACAGCAAAUUCAGACUAUGAAGAAAAAACAAAAGAAGGAAAAAGGAAAUAUGAACCUGGUUGAAGCAAAGAUGCUUCAGAACUUAGAAGAAGAAAGAUUGUUGACUACAGUAAUUCAAAAUGUGUUUCAGAAUAUCAUAAUUGGAAGCGGAGUUAACUGGGCAGAAGAUCCGUCUUUAAAGGCGAUUGUUCUACAGCUUGAAAAAAAUGUCCAUCUUCCAUGAAUCAGGAGAAAUGUUGUUUUUCUCUCUAGAGACUCAGAAUGUGUCCACACAACUCUGUGAAGUGAAAUUAAAUUUCUGGCACACAACAAAUGUUUGAAUGGGUAAUGCAACUGAUGAAAUGAAACUACCUGAAGACCCACUUCAUAGCUGUCCUGUCCGAAGACCUCAUCUCUCUCUGAAAGACAGCAAUAUGCAAGAAAGAUGAAUAAUCUCUGUAUUUCAAGCUUUUAUGUAAAAGUGGACUUAAAC